CCUGCCUCCUCUUUCCUUUCAACAUGACAAAUGCUGCCGUGUCCUUCGCCAAGGACUUCCUGGCAGGUGAAGUGGCCGUGGCCAUCUCCAAGACCAUGGUAGCGCCCAUCAAGCGGGUUAAGUUACUGCUGCAGGUGCAUCAUGCCAGCAAGCAGAUCACCACAGAUAAGCAAUACAAGGGCAUCAUAGACUGUGUGGUUCCUAUCCCCAAGGAGCAGGGAGUCCUGUCCUUCUGGCAUGGUAACCUGGCCAAUAUCAUCAGAUACUUUCCCACCCAGGCUCUGAACUUUGCCUUCAAAGAUAAAUACAAGCAGAUCUUCCUGGGUGGUGUGGACAAGAGGACCCAGUUUUGGAGCUACUUUGCAGGGAACUUGGCAUCCGGUGGUGCUGCUGGGGCCACGUCUUUGUGCUUUGUGUACCCUCUUGAUUUUACCCCUACCCGUCUAGCAGCUGAUGUGGGUAAAGCUGGAGCUGAAAGGGAGUUCAAAGGCCUCAGCGACUGUCUGGUUAAGAUCUACAAAUCUGAUGGGAUUAGGGGCCUGUACCAAGGCUUUAACGUGUCCGUGCAGGGUAUUAUCAAGUACCGAGCUGCUAACUUUGGUAUCUAUGACACUCCAAAAGGAAUGCUUCCAGAUCCCAAGAAUACUCAUAUCUUCAUUAGCUGGAUUGCACAGUUUGUCACCGCCGUUGCCGGAUUGACUUCCUAUCCGUUUGACACUGUUCGUCGCCGCAUGAUGAUGCAGUCGGGGUGCAAAGGAACUGGUAUGUACAUGGGCACGUUUGACUGCUGGAGGAAGAUUGCUCGAGACCAAGGGGGAAAAGCUUUUUUCAGGGAUGCAUGGUCCAUUGUUCUCAGAGGGAUGGGUGGUGCUUUCGUGCUUGUCUUGUAUGACGAAAUCAAGAAGUUCACGUAA